UUGAGCAAGUCGUGGAAAGUGAAAGUGUGACAGUCGUCGAUUAUUCUGCAUAUAAAUAAAAAAUCGAAAAACACAAUGCAUACACCUUCAAUCAAUUGCCCGUUGAGAUAUUUUAAUUUUGAAAAUACAAAUAAUCCGAUAAAGAUCUGCUAAUAAUAAACCCGGUGGGGUCUACGUACAUAGGCGACCACUAUCAACAAAUAUUGCAAUUUUGAAGAAUAUAUUUAACUAAACGACCCAAUAACAAAGAUUAGUAGUUGGCUAAGAACUUUUUGGCAAGCAAGAACCAAAAAGGAGGAGCCAAAAAAAAAAAAAAAUAAUAAUUUUGAAGUGUUGUGUGGACUAAAGAAAAUUUCUUUAGAUUGUGGUGAAAUAAUCGAAGAAAAAUCUGAAAUAUUUAAAUAAAAAAAUGUGUUGCAAUUGUUGUAGUGUGAGACAACAGAAAAUAUGGGCGUUCUCCAUUGGAACUAUUCUAACGGUCCUGGGUGCUAUACUGAUACCGAUGUGGCCCAUUUGGUCAGAGGAUAUUAUUAAAUCGAUACUCCCAUUGUCUCCCGGAUCGGUUAUCUAUAACAAAUGGGUUGUUACACCGCUACCAAUCUAUAUGAGCUUUUACAUGUACAAUUGGACGAAUCCGGAAGAAGUCAAUAAUACCCGAAUAAAACCUAAUUUUAAAGAAGUUGGUCCCUAUACCUUUAAGAAUGUCAAAGUUAAGGAGGAUUUAAAAUGGAAUAAUGAAGAUCAUACGGUGACUUUCUUUUCAACAAAUACAUGGACAUUUGUACCAGAAAAAUCCAGUGGUGGCCUGGAUGAUGUCAUAAGAAUGCCACACUUUCCAACGGCGGCUGCUGCCAGAAUCACCCGCAAAUGGCAUAAAAUAAUUCGAAAAGUUGUCAACUUUGGCCUGCAACGAGAAGGUGGGGCCAUGACCAUGACCCAUACCGCUUUGGAGUGGUUGUUUGAUGGUUUCAUUGACAAUUUGUUGGAUUUUGUUUAUCGUUUACAUUCACCAUUGUUUGCUUUGGAUUCAAAUCGUUUUGGCUGGUUCUAUGAUCGCAACAAUUCCAAGGAGGCGGAGGGUUCGUAUACCAUUUACACGGGCAAGGGUAAUCUAAAGGAUAUGGGUGAAUCGAAGAUGUGGAAUGGCUCUGAUCACACCAAAUUCUGGGAAGGCGAAUGUGGUCGUGUCAAUGGCAGUCUGGGCGAUUUAUGGGCUCCUGGAAAAUCAUGGGAUGAUCCUACCUCAAUUUUCCUUUACGAUGCAGGACGUUUCCUUAAUAUUUUCCCCAUUAGAAAUGAAACCUAUCGGGGUAUUGAUGUACGGCGUUAUGAGGCUACAAAUCGGACCCUUGAUAAUGGCCAAAUUGUGGAGGAUACCAAAUGUUUUUGUGUCAAACGCAAUGAGUGUCCCGAAAAUGGGGUGCUGGAUUUUUCGCCAAAGGCUUUUCGAGCCCCUGUUUAUAUGUCACAUCCUCAUUUUUAUAUGGCAUCUGAGAGAUAUAGGGAAAAUAUAACAGGUCUGGAACCAGUGCCGGAGCAUGCUACUUAUGUUGUACUCGAACCCAAAUGGGGUAUACCCAUGAAGGUGAAGGGUCAAAUGAUGGCCAGUAUUUUGUAUGAAAAGGACGACCAGAUGGAAAUUCUCAAGGAUUUGGGUCACAAUUUCUAUGCUCCGCUUUUGAGAAUAUCUCUGGAUGCCGAAAUCAAUGAUGAAAUGUUGGAUUUGGUCAAGCUUCUCUUAAAUGUCCCCUCUAUCGGUGUGUAUAUAGGUGCGGCAUUUCUGACAAUUGGUGUUGUCAUGCUUGUUGUUGGUAUUUAUGUAACCAAAACGCAUAAAUGGCGUGGAGAUUCUUAUCCUGGCGAAAGCACAGAAAGUCCUGCCAUCGAAACUGACAACAAGGAAACCCAAAGUGGUGACACCGAAAAUACCAAUGAAACUCCGCCUGGAUCAGAAAAUAUUCAAACCCUAACAAGGGUAACAGAAAUUUCCGAGGAAUCCUCUUCCCCAGCGGAAACUGUGAGAGAAGACCCACCAGAAGAGACACCAAAAACCGAAAAGGACACAACUGUCGAUACAAUUUCGGAGAAAGAUAAAACAAAUGAAAGCAAAAAGACUGAUUAGGAGACUCGAGAAUUAAAUGCUCAGGAAAAUAGUGCACAAAAAA